AUGAUUUUAUUGGAUCCAAUAUUUUCUUAUAACGCAGAUAAAGGUAAUGUGGAUUUUGGCUCUGCUAACACGAAUGCCAGUGGUUCAUUGACUUCUUCCAACAAACAAAGAAUUACAACGGUUCAAGCAAUUUGUACUACGUUGAUCACCUCAUCACAAACUUCUACGGCUGGAACAGCAACAGAACGAUUGAGUAAAAUGUCUGAUAGAGCUUCAACUACUGCCUUCGCCUCAAAAACUUCACCUACUCUGCCUAAAACACAAUCUUCAACUACGCAGAUUGCAAUCCCGAGAGGAGCCACACGAGGUAAUGUGAAUCAAAGCUCUGCUAACACGAAUGCCAGUGGUUCAUUGACUUCUUCCAACAAACAAAGAAUUACAACGGUUCAAGCAAUUUGUACUACGUUGGUCACCUCAUCACAAACUCCUACGGCUGGAACAGCAACAGAACGAUUGAGUAAAAUGUCUGAUAGAGCUUCAACUACUGCCUUCGCCUCAAAAACUUCACCAACUCUGUCUAAGACACAAUCUUCAACUACGCAGAUUGCAAUCCCGAGAGGAGCCACACAAGGAAAACGUAGUGAUAAUACUAAUGUAUCCGAUAGAACUUCAACUAUUGCCUUCGGCUUAAAAGAUUUACCUACUCUGGCUGUAACACAAUCAUCAGCUGCUAUCCUGAAAACGGAAAUCGCAAUUGCAGAAAUGAACACAAAUGGUACCACAAAUAUGGAUGUUUUACUUAAACGUUUUUAUGCGUUAAGAUCAAUACAAAGUUCUCAACUAUCAACACAGACAAGUGAAAAUGCCAUCACUUUCAAAAGAGGUGAAAAAUCAGGUCAAGAGCAAAAUAUAACUUAUAUUGCGGUUAUCCUAGCAUUGGCGAUCCUUGUAGUGGCACUUCUCAUCACUGUCGCCUGCUGUGCUUAUCAAAAUCGAACUUUGAAAAGAUCCAAUACUAAAGAGGCUUUUGAAAACAAAGGUAUGGAGGAACUUGUUGAUAUGUAUACCAACAAGGAUGAUGAGGUAGAAGAUGACAAAGAGGUCGAUGGGAAAUAUGUAGUGCUCAACAUAACUUCAGAGCAAAAUGAUGAAAUGACCACAGAAAAAGAAGAAACACCCUCGAAGAGCGAUGAAAAAAAUACUGAAAAAAAGGGUGAUGAAGAAAUAAUUUCAAAGCAAGAUGGAGAAAAUACCAAAAAGCAAGAUACGGAAAUCACAUGCAUAGAGAAAGAAGAUAACUUGACGAAAAAGCAAGAUCAAGAAUUAGCCAUAAAGCAUGAUGAAAAAACAACUACAAAGCAGGAUAUAGAAACAGCCACAACGCAAAAGGGAGAAAUCAUCGCUGAAAAAGAUAAAAGUAUAACCACAAUGCAAGAUGAGAAAAAAGCGGGGAAGAAAGAUGACGACAUCAUCGCAGCACAAUUAGAGGAAUCAAACCAAAGAAAAACGGGAGAAAUAACAACUAAUCACGAAGUAGAAGAAAUAAAAACAAGCAAAGAUCUAGAAAUAACAGAAAAGCAUGCGCAAGAAGAAAAAACAACUACGAAGGGAGAUGAAAAAAACCCCACUAAGGAAGAAAUCGUGAAGCCGUCUGAAGAAGCCGUAAUAGCAGUAAAAAAAGGUGUACAAGUGCCUACUGAGAGGGAUGAGGAAAUGACUCCAAAACGAGAUGAAAACAUUUUCACAAGCAAAGAUAAAGAGAUUACCUUAAAACCGGAAGAGAACAUAAACAGAAACAGAGAUGAAGAGGUCACCGAAAAUCAAAAUGGACAAAUGAAGACAAAAGAAACUGAAAUAUGA